AUGGGAUCGAGCGUGGAGGAGAAAACGGCUGAUUCGUUCGCCCUCGAAACCGACGCAGGAGGUGUAGACGAAUGCUCACAGGAGAACUGGUUGGGCUUUAAAGACAAAGACGAUAGUCUCGCUGCGGUAGAUCUCGUAUCACGCUGCGAGGUUCUUGCAGUCUCGAGCGGUGAAGGAAGCACAUUGGUCGGCGAUUCGAGUGCAGCCAGUACGGUAGGUAGCGAAGAUAUUAGUCUUCGGGCGGCGACCCCUCUCCCGCCGGGUGGGGGAGGAACGUCUCCGCAGUUCGAGAAUCCUGUCUUGCUGGAUGAAGAAGUUAUGCAACAUGCGGGAGUGUAG